GUGGGGACUGUUGCAUUUGGCACAUGGUACGUUCUGACGGCUUUAAAGGAGAAGUGCAUAAUUAAAAUAACCCACCCUGAGUGACCAUUUCUGUUCCUUCCUGGUAGGUGGAGACACAGCAGUCUCUGUGCUGAUUGUCCAGAAAAUGGCAGAAGAGAGCACUGAAGAGGCAAGCGAUACCAGUGGAGGGGUGAAUGUCUCAUUUCUGCCGGAUCACGGACCAGUAGCAGAAAGGAGAAGAGAAGUCGAUUUCAGCCUAAAAUGCAUUAAAGAUAAACGGGUCCCAAUUACCGUUACUGUCGUCAUUACAGCUUUGAUCAUCACCGUAAUUGCACUGGCGGCCAGGAAGCCUCCCCGCUGCCCACGCAGCCCACCCCACGUCACUGCUGCGUGCCCGGAUGGCUGGGUGGGAUACCAAGGGAAAUGCUACUACUUCUCAGAGACUGAAGAUCACUGGAACAACAGCCAGAGCCACUGCUCUUCCCUCAACGCCUCCCUGGCUUCCAUUGAUUCCAUGCCGGAGCUGGAUUUCUUGCUGCGCUAUAAAGGGGUCCCUUACCGCUGGAUUGGCCUCCAGAGGGAACAAGGCAAGGGCCAGCCCUGGAAGUGGACCAAUGGUACCAUAUUCAACAACCUGUUUCAGGUCAGAGGGGAAGGGCAGUGCGCCUACCUGGAUGAAAAUGGGGUCAGCAGCUCCAGGUGCUACUCAGAGAGACAUUUCAUCUGCAAGCGGCCGGAUGAGUGCUCUAGAAGGAAGCCAAGCGCUGCAGGAGGGGAUACAAUGUCUAAGAUCACUUAAAGGGUCAAUGCAGCCUCUUCAGUGGAUGCAG